CUAUAAAACUCCCACUUCGGCUUUUCAUAUUUCAUUCCUCUCUCAAACCGGAAAUCAAUUAUUACUGGUCAUCAUCUCUCUACCUGCUUCAACUUGAGAAAUCUUCCUCAGAAUAUUUUUCUUCUUCAAGUUUUCAACAAUGGAAGGCCGUGUAACAUAUGAUAACGAUGAUCUCAACCUUAAGGCAACUGAACUGAGAUUAGGAUUGCCAGGCACCGAUGAAACUGAAGACCAUGAACAAGCUGUUUCAACUGCUAGAAACAACAAGCGUCCAUCGCCGGAUGAUUGUGUCAUAAAAAGCAAAUCCGAUGAAGCUGCCCCAGUUGCCAAAGCGCAAAUAGUGGGUUGGCCGCCAAUCCGAUCCUACAGGAAGAACACUUUACAGCCAAAGAAGACCGAGGCUGAGGCUCCUGGGAUUUACGUGAAAGUAAGCAUGGAUGGAGCGCCAUACCUAAGAAAGAUUGACCUCAAGGUUUACAAGGGAUACCCAGAGCUGUUGAAGGCUUUAGAGAACAUGUUCAAGUUCACCAUAGGUGAGUACUCUGAGAGAGAAGGUUAUAAAGGUUCUGAAUACGCCCCUACCUAUGAGGACAAAGAUGGUGACUGGAUGCUUGUUGGAGAUGUUCCAUGGGAUAUGUUCAUGUCAUCAUGCAAAAGACUGAGAAUCAUGAAAGGUUCAGAAGCAAGAGGUUUAGGUUGUGGAGUUUGAACAACCACAGCUAGCUAGCUAUAACAUCAAAACCAUAAAGGCAGGAGAUUUCUUUACCAAUGAGGAAGAAAUCUUUCAGCUUGGGUUGUCCAAGAUGAUCUUUGAUCGGGCUCUCGAUCUCCUUAUAGAUGUUUCUCUGGAUUUGGAGUGGCAAUUUAGAGAAUGAAAACAGGCAAAAUCAUAGGAAAGUUAACGUUGUUUCCUCAAGUUUGGCAGCAAGAUAUAUAUAUGGUGGUUGGUUCGAGCAUGUUUAUCGUCUCUUGUGUUGUCUUCGGAGCCCAUCAACCCAAAACUCCAUUCAAGAAACUGCUGUUCCAUGGAUGCAACUGUAAAUUUUCUUUUUUAAGGGGAAAAAAAAAAGAAAAAUAGGAGAAAAAAAAUGCUUGUCCAAGUUUGAGUUGUAUUAUAAAUACAAAAAAAAUAAUAGAAUUACAUUAA